AUGUACCUCACCGUCCUACUUCAAUGCUUAGCUGCGGGUGUUGCCACAUCAUUAACCCUGAAUGGUACCCUGUCCAUUCCAAUAAGCUAUACCCACUUGAUCACGCCGAAUUAUACAAGUAACGCGACCACAUACUUCAUCAACACAAAGACCAACAAUAACAAACUGGCAAAUCUGCUGCAAGAAGCCCAAAAUGCAACCUUCAUCUCCUACAGUUCCGAAUUCACAGACAUGCUUGGUCCAAACCCGGAGGCUGGUGCCACGUAUGACUGGAGAGGCAAUCAAGUCUGGUUCACAAGCAGUAUUCUCGAUGACAAGCCAACUACUAUAUACCGCUUGAAUUUGACCGACAAUACGGUUCACGAAGUGAAAACAAGCCUUGUCAACCCUAAUGGAUUAUACUACUUUGAUGGUUAUGUCUAUCUGGUAUACUUUGGCAAUAUAACCGUCCAACCAGGUGUUGCACGACUCAAUUCUACUACCUUUGAGACUGAAAUCCUCGCCAACUCAUGGUUUGGUCUUCCCUUCAACGGACCUGAUGAUAUUACCGUUGUACCUAGCAAUCAUAACGACAACGAUCUCGCCACGGUCCAAGUUUACUUCACCGAUAACCUAUAUGGUGGUCUUGUUGGUCGACCGACUUCGGACUAUCAAUUGCCCAGUGCCAUAUGGCGAUAUACACCGUCUACUGGGGCGCUCAUCGCUGUUAUACCUCGUUCUGACAUUGUUGGAAGUAAUGGUGUCCAGGUAAAUGCAAAUGGGACCAAGCUCUACGUUGGUGAAUACGACUCUCUGCCUGCAGGCCAACUGGACAUUGGUGACGAUAACAUACCCGGAUCUAUGGCCAUCUUCGAAUACGAUCUCGACAGCCGGGGAUUUCCAAUCAACAAAAGGAUGUUCGGGUUGGCGAGAACAUAUGCGGACGGCCUGAAGGUUGACGACUACGGCCGUGUUUGGACCGGGGAAGGCGAGGGAAUCGUGGUGAGAAACAGUCAAGGAGUAGUGAUCGGGCUGUUUAACCAUCACACCUUGAUGGGUCAAAGGAUGCAAAGCACCAGUAUUGCGCAGGUCGCCCUGGCAGGCGAUUCGGCGAUCGUUCUCGCAUCGACCAGGCUCUGGAGGAUCAAACUAGCCCAAACUAUUGCGAGUCCCGGUGCAUUUGGCAAUUGA